CUAUGCUAAUGUAAGUUGAAGCGUCGUUUUUUUCAACUCGUUAUGGGGCUUUUUCCUUCGAAAUCGAAGACAGCUGCUCAGGGAACUCAACAAACCCAGCAAGCUAGCGCGCCACAGAAUACUACUCCUUCGGUUGAACCUCAAAAUCAAAUCCAGGCAAAUCAGGAGCCACGAACUGUUAAACAGUAAGUUGUUGUGUUGCUGGUGUGUACAUAUUAUGAGCAUGUUCGCGUUACUUGAUUUUCUUGCAUCCAAAAUGGUUUCCUCGGGUGAGGUUCGUUCUCAAUAUGCUAACCGCGCUGUUAACAAAGGGAGUAACCAAAAGUUCACAAGUUUGUGAGUCACAAAUCAGCGGGAACCAUUUCCAGGCUGAAAAGCGCAUUGUUCGCUCGCGGUGCUUGCGUUAGUUGUGUCAAGCUUUUCCCUUCCAUGUUUACUGUUCUCUCAAAAGAGCCAAAACUGCAAAUACAUUUGAAUUAGUACAGGUAGCGAUUUUUGUGACCGCAAGAAAUAUCGAGUGGAUGGAUAGUCUGAGACACACUCCUUCCUCGUGCUUUUACAUCUUUCGAAAAAAUUAUCGACAUCCUUACUGGGAUUACAAUUUAAUGUAGAUCGCAAAAUGCUGAUAUUGGCUGAUAGCAGUAAUGGGGAAGGUGGAGCGUCUCUUGCACUGGUCUCGUUUUAAUAAUAUUAGGGCAUGUAAUUCGACAUUUUCCUGCAAUAGUGUUUGGAACAUCGUCCUUGCGAGCCUUCACACUAAGAGAGUGUGUUAUGUCUUUCGCGCGACUAAAUGUGUUCCUUUAACUCCAACAGCAAUCAAGCGUACUAAAUCAGCUGAUAAUUCCGUCAUUAUUCCUGAGCAUUUCGCUUUAGGGUUUCAGUGAAGUAGGGUGCUACGCUUAAUCUACUGUUGGGAUUUGUCAGCCAUGCUGUAGGUGUUUCUAUUUGGUCGCUAAGGCCAUUCCUGUUGGCUUGGAAACAAGCCAGUGUGUAAUUGAAAACACAUGAAGCUGUCAGCAAAGAACGAGUCUGACAGAUCGGCGGGACAGGUUAUCCUCCAGGCUUAAUGAAAUAUAACCCAAACAGCUACAAUAAUCCUCGAAAAUCUAAGCGAAGGAAAUUGUCGAUUUAAGGGUUAAUUCCGCCAGGUUUAUAAGAAAUGUUAUUUACCUUUGAAGACAAAUAUAGGAUUUUGAACGAUCAGCGAUUAUUAUUCACUUAUUUCAAUUUAUUAACAGCAACUAGAAGUUUUAAUUUUAGAUUUUGCUUGACAAUUUUACAACUCAUUUGCAGUUCCGUCUGGAAAUUUUAUCCAAUCAAUUUUAUCGCUUGCGCUGCGUUGGUUGCACUUUAACAAUAUCCUGAGAUUUUAAUUGGACAUGGUGGUGUUUUUUUCAGCGUCGUGGGAACAAUAGAUUACGAGCAGUUCUUUCUUUCGGCGAAGUUCGUCGCGCGAGUAAAAAUAGUCAGGGAAAUAAGAGGGGCUCUCGAAAAAGAUGGGACCACAGACCUAGCUCGAGAGUUUGGCUUCUGCACUGCGUGCGCAACGCAAAAUUUUGAUCGGCUAUCGGCAAGAAAAAAGAUCAUUCGUGUUAACGCUUGCCAACAUUCGUCAUGUUUAUUGCGGUUACUGACAAUUGGUUCGAUGAAGCCAGAGCAGACUGAGACACUUUAAGCUCUUAUCCCUGGAAAGGGCCUUCUGGAAAUUUUGCCAACCGGCUUUGGAAAGAAUUUAAUCUACCAGGUUGUUAAUGAAUUAGGAAAAAAAAUUCCGACUGCCAGUCAUUUAGUUAUUUGAGAACCGCGACAAACAGUCCACCUCAUGCAAUUUAUAAGUGCCAACAUCCUGAGCUCAACGUAAACCGAGCGCUAGACAUGCGAUAUGUAAACCAUUUCAAGAUCGCUAAAGGCAAAUUACAGGCACUCACAUGACAAAAGUCAACCCUUGAUUAAAUUCUUACAAGUUUCGUUCUUGAGACUUACCCUUACCGAAACAUUGCACAGAUUUCCAGUUUAUUGUGCGCCUCGAAAUUUGAGAUGGUUAAGUUUUCGUCUGAUUACCUGUGAGUUGCGAUGAAAUGAAGAUUGAUUGGUAAUUAGGGGUCAGUUAGUAAAGGACAAGACAAACCAAAGGGAUGAGGUCGAUACAAUAUGUCGCAUUUCAAGCCAUUGUGUGACUGCUUUGUUCAGCUAAUCUUGUGGUACAGACAACAUAACUGUUUAGACAGACUUCACAAUACACUGUUUAACUGUUUAUUAAUCACAGCGAUUAGUGAGAGGCAAACAGGGCAAAUUGUGUUUUAAAUGAUCUGUUUAUUUCGUCACGCAAGAGUUCCUGUUUUGCGUUACAUUCCAAAUUUCAUUUAUUUCCUAAGGCCACCCAUGGGAUAACCGAUCGAAAGUGGAUGACAACUUAUAUAAGAAAACCAAAUCCUUUUCGAUUGGCUAGCAAGCAAAAUUAUGUUCCAAGAGCGAUAACGGGAUCCCGGUUAAUGACAUACAGUUACCUUCAAAUGAGAGAAAUUCAGAUAUGAAGAAGUUUGGAAACGUGGAAAAACAAUACUACAGGCUUAUUUUUGUUCCAAAAGCCCAUCAUAAAUAUGUUGUGACAAAAACUGGAAAUUAAGCGACAGUAGGGUUCUCAACCCAGGUCUACUCGCCUAAAGAUUACAUGCAAAUCGCGCAAGGGAUAUUUGGUGAUACUGCUUGUCAACUGCUGCCGCCUUUCAAAGCAGGUGUAACCGCCCGUCUAUCUUCUGUCUCUCCUCCAUCGUCCUUUUCCGUGUAAGUUUUAGCAAUUCUGGUUCUUCAAGCAGUGACUAAGAUACGCUUUUAAUGAUGGAGGAAUUCAGGGAAGGAAUCUUGAUUUCCUGAUACUGCUGCUCGAGUACUGUCACAUUCAAAGCAGGCGUAACUUUUCGUCGCUCCUCCAUCUUUAUUUUCAGUUCUAUCCUACGAUUACAAUUGUGUUCUCCGAUCAAGGUGCUUGGUAAGCUUUUAGCGGUAGAGAGGAUAUACUUUAUAUCAAAUUGUUUUCGUGACUUCCAAUCGAGUCAUUCCACUAAUUUUUCAUCUAGCUCGUUAUACUAAAGGACUUUCCGCUGCCGUGUGCCGGAAAUUUGUAAAGUACGUACAUUGAAAUAAAAGCACACCAUUGUAACGUAUAAUCCUGAUGUGAUGUCCACUUGUGGGGAUCGCUUCUCUAGAAGUUUUGUUCAAUGUGCGAUUUGAUUUAUUUAUUUAGUAGUUAUCAAGUUCCCGAAAGAUCGGGAGGCUCUUUGAAAAUUCAAACAGUUGUUCAGCCGCAUGGACGUCUUCUGAUACGUCAGUUUUCGCUUUCGGUAAAUUAAGAAAGGUGUUCUGUCACCACUGUAUUUAAAAUCGACUGUGACCAAGAACAUUUCACCAUCUUGAAGAUGUUUGGUACAGCUUUACUCAAAAUUAUCCCAGGUAUAAAAGCAAACCACAAAUUGUGCCAUUCGUCUUUGACUGGAUUGAUUUUAAACGUUUGAGAAAGGCAAAGACAGCUAAGAAGUUUUCUUAUGGUAUUUAUAUCUUAGAGGAAAAAUAAAUUAUUUUCUUUACCAAACAGGUAUUGUGGCUUGAAGGAAACAACCAUGUAAAGAUAUUUAUGAUUUUGAAAGAUACGAUCGGUAGAGAAAUAUAUUAUGCACGAAAUGAAAAAUCGCGCUGAAAUUAAUGUGCUUGUCAGAGAGUAAUGUAUGCAUUACUGUGUCGACUUUUAAAGGGGUAUGGAAAUUCACGAGAUUGAAUCAUUUGUGAUAGAUUUUCGGCAGCCAUUUUGUGGUCACUCCACCCAAAAUUGGCUGAGAAUUUAUUCUGUUUCCAAAAGAAGGAAGUCCAUCUCUGAAAUAAUUUUCGGAGUAAACGAGAGCAUCGCAGAAGAAGAAUGUUGACACAGACUAUCUUCCUUAUCAAUAAAAAUCCCUUUAUGACUGUAAUCCGCUUGGUUUGCUUCGCACGUAUUAGCAUUUUGAAAGGCAAACAAAUAAUACUUCACGGUCGACCACAUAAAGCCCGCUCGUUGAAAUUCAUUCCACGACAUGCAAUUCAGUGACAUAUAUCCCUUGUUAAUCAUAUUGGACUCGAAAUCAAGCAAAGUGAUUAUAAUAGUUUUUUUAUUUAUCUCCAGAUAUUCCAACGGCGACGACAUGACUUUGCCAAAUCAGCUUUCGAGUCCUGAUGCAAACCCCAAAAUGCUGAUGAAGAAGCACCUCACUCCAGAGGUGUACAAAGCUUUGAAGGAUAAAAAGACCGCCGGCGGUUUCACUUUGCACGAUCUGAUAAACUCUGGCUUGGUGAAUCUUGACUCUUCGACUGGCUGUUACGCUGGCGAUGAGGAAAGCUACACCCUGUUCGCGCCAUUACUGAACCCCGUUAUUGAGGAGUACCACAGCCCUUACAAGUUGGCAGAUGGCCAUACAUCAGACAUGAACCCAGAUAAUGUUGAUGCACCAGACUUAGACCCUGAGGGAUCUUUCAUUCGGUCUACACGUAUACGUGUUGCCCGAAAUCUCAGGGGCUACCCACUAACACCCAAUUUAUCCAAAGAACAACGACUCGAGGUCGAAAAGAAGGUCGUUGGCGUCUUGACGUCUUUGACCGGUGAUCUCGCUGGAAAGUACUAUCCGCUGUCAGGAAUGGACGAGGAGACCCGCCAGCAGUUGGUGGAUGACCAUUUCUUGUUCAAAAAAGGCGAUCGCUUCCUAGAGGCGGCUGGCGUCAAUAAGGAAUGGCCUGAGGGACGAGGUAUCUUCCAUAAUGACAACAAGACCUUCUUAGUCUGGGUGAACGAGGAGGAUCAACUUCGCAUAAUCAGCAUGGAGAUGGGUGGCGACAUCAAAUCCGUACUCACUCGCCUGUGUCUUGCUGUGAACGAGAUAGACAAGCAGCUGGGUUUCCAGCACACUAAGCAGCAUGGGUAUCUGUCCUCGUGCCCAACUAAUUUGGGUACAGGAAUGCGCGCUAGUGUGCACGUGAAAAUCCCACAUGCCAGUAUACACCCAGACUUUAAGAAUAUUUGUGAUCAAUAUCAUAUUCAGGUACGAAAUAUUAGCAGAAGGCAUCGCUCUCAAAUAUAUUUCUUUUAUGGCUUGUAUAAAUUUCGAUUACAUUUCUUUUGGACGCUAAACUUCCAUGUGCAAAGUCUUACAUGGUGGUUAGAAGUAAAAGAGGGGAAAUUUUCCAUUCAUUGUUCUCCUGUUUUAAGAAGCACCACUUUGCUCAUAAUUAGCCACAAUAUAUCUCCCCAGGGCGAAGAUACAAGCAUUUAAGCCAAAAAAUUGAAAUGAUAGACAGGAAUGAUAAAGGAAUGCUUUGCAUGAAGGCUGUGGACCGCAUUUCUGGGGUAUGAAAGGAACUAAUGUCUUUGAAGCUUAAGGUAUCUUAAGGAUGGUGUAUAUUUUUCAGCCUCGUGGAAUCCAUGGUGAACAUUCCGAGUCCACUGGAGCGGAUGCUGGUGUUUAUGACAUCAGUAACCGCCGGCGCUUAGGUCUGUCCGAGGUUCAAUGUGUUAAGGACAUGUAUGAAGGGGUGAAAAAGCUGCUGGAGAUCGAGAAAGAUGCUAUUGCGUAAGUACUUUGGUUUGAAACUUUGCCCCACUUGUUAACAUAUCCAAAAUCUGAAAAACGUAGGACAAUUAGGGGAAUGUGAAGUUAGAAUGGAGUUGAGUUUGCAAUUAGUGGUUCAACAUUAAAUCGUUUGAGUGAAAGGGACUUUUUCCGAAGAAAAGUUUCUGAAAAAAAUAACUUGAUUGAAAGAAAGACUUUAAAAGUGACAACGGUAAUGUAAGAAGGGUUCUUCUCCUUUGUUAGUGAAAAGGAAGCCAUGUUCCCAGAAGCUCUCAACAAGCCCGAGGUAAAGUCUCUGCUGAAGAAGUAUCUUACUGAGGACACUUUUAACGAGCUAAAGGAUAAGAAGACAGCUAGAGGCUGUACUCUUUGGAAUCAAAUCAACUCUGGUGUGGAGAACCUUGACUCUUCCACUGGCGUUUAUGCUUCAGAACAGGAAGCAUAUACCCUGUUUGGCAAAAUGUUCGACGCCAUCAUCGAAGACUAUCAUGCUCCCUACAAACUUUCAGACAAGCAUGUCACCGAUAUGAACCCAGACAAGGUUGAGGCUCCAGAUCUGGAUCCUGACCACAAGUUCAUCAGAUCCACCCGCAUCAGAGUAGCGCGAAAUCUCCAAGGCCACGGUUUGCCACCCAGUAUUCAUAACAAAGAGAGACUGGAAAUUGAAUCAAAGGUAAGUGUAUGGUACAAAUCCUGUUCCGAAUCCCAAAUAAUUUAUAUACAAUUUUAAUUUUUGUUAUGAAAAACGAAAUGCAAAGGUAAUUGUUGAAUUUCAGACGGAUUUCUGUAUGACUGCCUGACAACCUGGCAAAGUUCACUGAGCCUUAACAUUUACUAACACCUGAGCUGAAAUUCACAUCACGUUAGUAGACCUGUUAAAUAACUAAGGAGCAAACCCGGUGAAUCUUAAUUAUCGUGGACAUUUCAGGCCUCAGUGGUCGUGCUCAGUCUAUUUUCACAUAUUUUUCAAUGGAAUGUCUAUCAUUGCUUCCUGCAGAUCGUAAAAGUUCUAACGUCCUUAACCGGAGAUCUAGCCGGAAAGUACUACCCUCUGACUGGAAUGACUGAAGAAACCCGGAGGAAGCUUGUGGAGGACCACUUCCUGUUCAAGAAGGGUGACCGCUUCUUGGAGUCCGCGGGCAUCAAUAAGAUGUGGCCUCAAGGUCGAGGAAUCUUUCACAAUGACAACAAAACUUUCUUAGUAUGGGUGAACGAAGAGGACCACUUAAGGAUUAUCAGUAUGGAGAAAGGAAGCGAUAUCAAGUCAGUGUUUGAGCGCCUAUGCUUGGCUGUCAAUGAGCUGGACAAACAAAUUGGAUUUCAACACGACGAAUACCGUGGAAAUCUUUCCUCGUGUCCAACUAAUCUGGGCACAGGUAUGCGUGCUAGUGUGCACGUGAAAAUCCCGCACGCCAGUGAACAUCCCGAUUUUAAGAAGAUUUGUGACGAAUUCCACAUUCAGGUAAGGAAUGCCUGAGAAUUUUUCUUGCAUUAGAUUAAAGAUGAUUAUCAAACAAUACAGAAGGGUAUGAAAAAACAUCGUUUUAGAGGAUAGAAAGUGGACUGUAACAAACCCUUGUGUCACCUUGAAACGAGGAAGGAGGUACGCCAAAAUAUCUGCACUCGUUCUUAGAACCGUACCUGUUAUUUAAAACCGAACGGGUUAACACAUACCUGAUCAGAUGGACAUAAGUGAUCAUUCUGUUUGCUUUCUCAUAUUGUAAUGCCCUUUUUUCUGCAGGCACGUGGAAUCCAUGGCGAACACUCCGUGUCUACCGGAGAAGAUGCUGGAGUUUUUGACAUCAGUAACCGCAGACGACUGGGUUUGUCGGAGGUGCAGUGUGUGCAGGACAUGUACAAUGGCGUCAAGAAACUUCUGGAGAUUGAGGAAGAAGCUCUUGCUAAGUCAUAA